AUGGCGAUUUGGGAAGACCCAAGUAACCUAAGUGACCCGGUCACAUUUUCUGAACGCACUCCUGAAGAUAUUGUGCCGUUGAUGCCUGAUCGUCAGUUCCGCAUAAAUUUUAGAAUGUCACCAACUGUAUUCGAAGAUAUGUUAAGAAAAAUUAAUAUAGUUUUUAUUGAAAACAAUAACCGUCAUGUGGGAUAUCCAAAAACUCUAUUGGAAAAAGAAGUAACGGUAACAAUAUGGUGUUUAGGAAAUCCAGAAAGUUUUAGAUCAGUCGCAGAGAGAUUUGGAAUCAGCAAAUCUACAUGUUCGAAUGUUUUGUAUCGUACAUGCCACUUGCUAUUGCAAGUUAAUAAGACAUUCAAAAUAAUUUCUUGGCCUACAAAAGCCAGGCAGCAAGAAAUCAGUCGUCAUUUAGGAUGUGCUGGUUUUCCUGGAAUAAUUGGUUGUGUAGAUGGAAGCCAUAUUGAAAUUAUUGCACCUAAAACAUAUCCCAAUUCAUAUAUAAACCGAAAAAGUUACCAUUCGGUAUUGUUACAAGGUGUUUGUGACCAGAAACUACUUUUCACAAAUGUUUAUACAGGUGAAGCCGGAUCGAUACAUGAUUAUACGCUUUAUAGAUCUGAUCUUUUUGCAAAAAUAAUUUCUGGAGAAGUAGCAUUUUACGAAGAUAGUCAUUUAGUGGCCGACUUGGCAUAUAAACUAGCCUCAAAUUUAACCUCUUAA